GGGAAGUGCCCUAGAGAUCAUGCAGCAAAAGAGCCUGUGGAGGAUACAGAUCCAAGCACUCUUUCCUUAACAAUGACUGAAAAAUAUCCUGUCCAAGACACAGGAGUACCUAAAGUGUUUGUCUUAGAUGAGCAAUACCUAACAGAUCAAGUUACACUGGAAAUUGCAUCUGUGAACAUCAAGACCCUUACAUCAGAUUCUGGCCUAAUCCAACAGCCAGAAGACAAAGACACACAAAACCAUACUGACGACUCACUUUCAGAUCUCAAGAAAACCUGCAAGGAAAACGGCACCUGCUCCUUGUGCUUAUUCCGUGCACCGACCAUCAGCGAUAUGCUCAAUGAUGAGGACUUGUUGUACACAGUGAGGCUAAAGCUGGAUCCCUGCCACCCAACUGUGAAGAACUGGAGAAAUUUAGCAAGCAAGUGGGGGAUGACUUAUGAUGAAUUGUGUUUCCUUGAACAGAAGCCCCAAAGUCCCACCUUGGAGUUCUUGCUACGGAAUAGUGACCGGACUGUGGAGCAGCUGAUUGAUCUCUGUAAAUUUUAUAAGAGAAUUGAUGUUGUGAAAGUGCUGCUGAAAUGGGUGGAGGAGGAAUGGCCCAAGAGAGGGAACAGAACUUACCAGAAUGACUUCUAGGUCAAAGAAAGUUGUUAGUCCAUACGUGUUAAACUCUGGGACUAGCUGCCACUACUAGUACAUGGGAAGUUUCCCUUGCAAGAGAGAAAGAGCCCAUACUGACGGUUUGUAUACUGUGUAAGCUUUAUGUACUGUAUACACAUAUAUAUGUUCUGUGCCUUCUAAAAGUGGACGGAAUAAUGCAGGUUAUGUUCUUGAGUCUAUAAAUGCCUCCAGUUUAUUUGCUGCUGUUUGUAGGCUUCCAAAGCAGAAAAAGCCAUACCGCUGGUUUUACUGCAGCAGUUGUGAACCAUGCCAGUUGUGUGCUGUUGCUAUUGAGAAAGCCACAAUUAGAAGGCAAGUCUCCUAGCCUUUCUGGCAGCCCUUCCACAGUUUUAUAUGUUCUACCUAGUAGAAGAUGAGGGGUUAUCUUUUUCUUCCUUUUAAAAUUUUUUUUAAGCAUUAUGACACUGUUUUUGGCACCUCAGUGUUCCAAGCAAUGGUUUGAAUUUGCAUGUUACAAUUAAUUCAGAGGUUCAACAUCACAUUCAGGCAAAUUAAGCUUCAAAUCUCUUUUAUAAACAAGAAUAGAUAUUAAAAUAAUUAUUUGCAUACUACUAUGUCAUAGGGCAUCUAUUUACUAUAGAAGAAAUCAUGCAAUUCAGACUUACCAGCCCAUAACCACUAGGGACCAAAAAAAUUAAAAUGCUUUAUACUUAAAAUUACUUUCCAAAGUUAUGAAGACAAUAUGCACUCUGAGUGCACUUACAUGUUUGUGUCAAAUGCCUCUGGCUUUGCAGUGUGAGGUGACAGCUGAUGCCUCACCCACAAGUAUAUCCUUAGUAUUGAGUAUAACUUCCCUUUUCACAGGCUAUGGUUUUCUUUACAGUCCUAUGGGUUGACCUAUUUUCUGCCCCACACCAAAGUAGUUGCACACUUGUGUGAAACUUAGCAUAAGUUUAUGUAUUGAUUAAAGCCACUGUAAUAGGAAAUUAACAGGUGAAUUCAUCUGUGGUCCAGAUGGAUGGUUAUUAAAGCACUUACAGUUGUUUAGACUGAUGUUUCUCAAAGAAUUUUCAUAUUCUCUGUUACACUGUUUACAUUUUAAAUAUUUUAGAAAUUGGUACUUUUCCUACUAUUCUUCUGUGUUCUAAUCUUUUUUAAAAAAUCCUGAAAAAUCAGUCAUAUAAUAAGAUGUAUAAAGUACUUAUAGCUAUAAUACCACAAACAAGAAUUUUGUAACUUAAAAGUACUUCUGGUUGUUACCCUUACUAAAAGCAUCUCAGACAAUACUAAUAUGUACAUAGGUGUAUAUACCAAAGAACUGGUGAAGAGUAUGUCAAGAUAUGGGGCAAAACUAGAAGGGGGUACAGGUUGAUGCACUGUUUACUUUUCUUGAAUAGAAAUAACUAUGAAUUAGUAGCAAAGCUGAGGGAAGUCUAAUGCUGUAUACUGAGUUUCUUACUGUAAGAGAAUGAAAAGAGACCUUUAGUAAUACUAUGCUAUAGAUAGUGAGAUACGGUUACAGAGAAGCUUGAAGUAGAGGCUAACAUUUUCAAUGUCAGGCACUAGUUCUGAGGUGACAUCAAUUAGCUUUAUUUUAGUAACUUCAAGAAGCUGAAGAUCUAGUUUCAAGGUGAAAAGACUGACCUAAAUUUGAGGUUUGACUUAUUUUUUUAAAAGCUUGUAGAAGACUGGACUUUGUAAUAACUUUUUUUAGCCAUUCCUCAAAAAAGCUGCUACUCUUUAGAACAGUAAGUUUUCUAGCCAUAUUUUUAAAGAGGAAAUAGUACUGUUGUAUCUUGUUGGGGCUGCUGUUCAAAUGUUUCAUGUUCUUCUUCUAGGAACAGGAGUUUUCUGAUAGAUUUCUUUCAACUGUAACUUUUUCAAAUAAUGUUUUGUCUUUAGUUAGGAGCUCUAGAAUCAGCUUUGAGGACUCCUGUGGUGUCUGGGCUGCCUGCUAGUUUGAAUUCCUACAGAGGCAUCCACUGUGUAUGUGCAAAUAGCUCAUUAUGCAGCUUGUCCAACAUAAUCCCCAUACCUUGGGCCCACUAUAUACAUGAUUUAGGAUCAUGUGUCUAUGUAUUAAGUUGUGCUGAGUGCUGGCAUGUAUGUCAACAGCUUUUCUCUCCCAUAACAUACCACAGCUGUAGAUGUGUGGUAUAGGAUGCUCUGCUUUGAUAGAUCCAGUCCAUUAAAGAGCUGGAGCCCUCACCUAAGACUCAAUGGGAAUGUGAAAUGAUGCAGCAGCAUUUCAGAAUCAAGAUGUUCAACUGAAUCUACCCCUUUUCCUGUUUUCUGGCUAAACAGGACAUUUUGAACAUUUUGAAGAAAUGUUGUUGUCUUGUGGAAAUGAGUUCUGAUCCCAUGAAACUCUUGGAAAGUCAAUAUCAGCUGCAAGAAUUCACAUCUGAUGGAAAUAAAGCUGCUUCUGAGAGUUCAUAGAUGGAUUCUGUAUAAAUUCACUGAAGGUUGAAAAUGUUAGCCUUAAACUUCAUCACACACUGGAUUACUCAUUAGUAUACUUGAAAUAUUUUUUUUUUACUCUUUGUAUGGCAUGAAUUGAGAUGUACACACUUUUUAAGUUUUGUAUCUGUUUACAAGAUAUUGGGUCUGAGUGUUCAGUUUAUUCUUCUGUCUUCUGUUAUAAUGUAUACUGUUUUUAGAAGAAAUACAGAUUAUCAAUAUUUGACUUUAUUGUAUUUGGUUUUAUUACAUCUAGGAAAACAGCCAUUUUCCUUCUCACCAGUUUGUUUGGAACCACUGAACUGUCAACUGGUUGUGCUGUGUAAAAAAACAUCUUAAAUACAAGAUUCAUGGCAUCUUAAAGCAUCUGUGUUUUCAGCAGAUACUGCUGUUCAAGUAAGGAAGAUGCACUUAUCUUUUCCAUAUGAAAAAUGAGUUUUAUCAUUUUGAUAAGAUGAUGAACAAAGAUGUUUACGUAGACAUUUGCAGUGGAGUUCUAGAGAGCUAUGAAACCGACAUUGAGUAAACUCUUCCAGAAUUAAUAACCAAUCUGAUAAUGAACGUUAGAGAAUCCCAUGGACACUGAAAAGGCUCUACUAGACUAUCAGUUUUGUUCCAUUAUAUCUUUCUCCUAUUCCUGUAUGAGGCUCUCUUUCCCUUCAGGGAUUUCCAGUUCUUUGGCUGCCGUGUCUGUGCCUGCAGGAUGGUCACAGUGGCCCCUUCCACCCACUUUAGCUUCUAUGAAAAUAUCCAAACCACUAUAUUCUUUCUUUCCUGCAGCUCUGUUUAAGACAUGGUGAGCCUUAUAACCAUUCUUCAACAGCAAAGGUACAGUUCUGUGCUCCCAGAGCCCCUAGUUUUGCUGUGAGGCCAACUGUGGGGCAUCCCCAACAAAAUAGUGACAGUAUCCAGUUGCCUUAUUCACUGCAUGCACUUCCUUUUCUUCUGCGGAGAGGAAAGCAAAAGGGGUUUGGGGCUGUCCUUUGGAAGCCUGCCAUAGAGGACAGGGUAGUCAGCAUGGCCCUGGGUACUUGUUUGGAAGUAAGUUGUACAGAAACUAAACCAUACGUCUUCAUGAAUCACUACUGAAUAAUGGAAAGCUGUAGUUCAGUUUGGACAGUGCUUUGUGCAAGAGACUGCAUAUUCUUCACAGUCUCAAACUGACUGCCUCCCAUAAUUCCAAGUGAAGCUGUUGGGAAGUGGAAAAAAAUGUAAAUUUUGCCUUAAUGUGGUUUAAGUUGGGUGACUGUUGACUUGUUGCCAGACAUAUUUGGAAGUUAUUUGUCAGGCAGCAGAAUUGUUUAAACAAAGUCAAAGAAUGUAAAUGGCAUUUAUAACAGUUUAAAGAGCAGCCUACUCCUGUAAUUUUUGCAGCAUAUCAUGUCCUGUGUCCAUGAAGGAAAAGCAGUUAGUUUUUCAUAACUAAUUUCAAUAUAUGUUGUAAGUCUUAAGUUUUGGGUUAGUUUUGCACAGUAGGGCAGAGCACCAUUAAAUGAGGACUUGAGCUUGUUGCCUGUUUUAGUAAAGUGCUUUCCUAUGCUGCUGAGUUCAGCUAGUCCUGACUGCAUGACUAUGAUUAGUUGUUAGCUGUAGCUGAGCAGGCAAGGUAUGGAUCUACUGGUCAGACAGGCUGAAUAUGGUGAGCACUAAGAAGAAUUUAUUUGGAAGGGUGGAGUCUGUAGUAUUUGUGGGCCUGUAUCUUAGCCAAGGACUGGGACUGACUCCAUCUUACAAGAAACAGAUGGCAAAGAGGAGCUGACAUACCUGGGAAAGGCUUGCAUGUGCCCUCUGUUGGGGCGAGGGCAACUGAACAGCUGGGCAGACUUACUAGUUGGUUUGAUCUCUGUAUUUUACCUUUGUAAAAUGGUGAUUCUUGAUUUCAAAGGCAGGUCCGUUGGGGUAAAUGUUUAUUUGUUAUUGUGGUAAUGAGUCACAUGAGAAUCUUAAAUGUGAGAAAGAUAAAGCAGUGCAAGUCUGUGGAAUGGCUGGAAAACAACAGACGUAUUAUGAGUGAACUAGACCGAGUGGCCCCACUGUAACAACAGGCUGUAGCUGUUGUGAAGAACACCUGCAAGGCCAAGGGGCUGAGAAACUGUGUGCGUUGCAAAAAGUUAAGAAAGCUGAACUGUGGAAAGCAAGAUGUUUGCCUAACAGAAGAACGGCGCAUGGACACUACAACGGGACCAAUCAUAGAGGGCAAAAGGGCGCAUGGACAAGUAGUUUUAGCCUAUUAGCAAUUAAGUAGCUGUGCGUGUGCUUUAUGGUAGUUUAUAAAUUGCUGUGUAUCCUUUAAUAAAGUGGCAUUAACUUGAUCA